AUGAGCAACAUUGUUCACUAUGAAGGACCCAAGAUGGCCAAAUGCGACGAAUAUGCAGGUGGAAACCAGUAUGGCCCCCGGUUCGGCGUCGAGGUUGCCUGGGAACCUCCGAAAAAAGUUAGCGAACGCGGCUGGUGA